GAGGAGUGGAGGACUGAGAGCAAGCUUUCGGCUGCGAAUACAGACUUUAUAUGAAUGCACAGACGCGGGCGGCUCUGGUCGGCUUCAUCCGGGACGCAGCUGCGACUGAAUGAACCCGAAAGCGACUCAACUUCCACAAGGCCAACGUCAGUCCCAGCCUGCGUAGUCUGUCACCCCUCCAGGCCGGGCCAUGAAUAAACAACCAAGCAAAGAGAGUCUCAAGGACAAGGUGAAGGGGAUCUUCGGCCUAGGACCACCUCGUCCGCCGAGCAAACAGAGCGACACUAAACCCUCCGAGCUUAUCAUCACGACUGACAUCAUCAAGGAGCUCCACCCAGACUGCGGUCUGAGCAACCGUGUUCGCAUGAUGAACCACAUCUGCGAUCUUGCCAAAACUAAAAAAUUUGAGGAGCAUGCAGUGGAGGCUGUGUGGAAAGCUGUGGAGGACAUGCUGACUCCAGAGCAGCCACCAGAGGCCAGACAUGCCGUUCUGCAGCUGCUGAGGGCCAUUAUACAAGGACAGGGUGAGCGGCUUGGCCCUCUGAGAGCCUACUUUUUCAAGGUGAUCAGAGACUACCAACCAUGUAACGAGGACCUCUCGGACAGACUGGAAGUGUUUAAAGCUUUAACUGAGAACGGAAAGGACAUCACAUACCUGGAGGAGGACAUAGCACGAUUUGUCCUCCUGUGGAUGGACAUUGGUCUAACCUCCGACUUCCUCCACGUUCUAGUAAAUCUGGUAAAAUUCAACAGCUGCUACCUGGACCAAAACGUUUCCAUCAUGGUCCAGAAAAUCUGUCUUCUGUGUAACAGGACGACCUCCUCAACUGAUAUCGAGGUGGCGCUACAAGUUCUGGACGCUGUGGUGUGUUACAACUGCCUGCCUUCAGACUCGCUCACGUUUUUCAUCAUCACGCUUUGUCGCACUGUGAAUGUUAAAGAGUUUUGUGAAUCCUGCUGGAAGCUGAUGAGGAAGGUGCUGGGGACCCACCUCGGCCACAGUGCUAUUUACACCAUGUGCCGAAUCAUGGAGGAGAGGGUCUACAUGGAGGAUGCUCCAUUGCUGAGAGGAGCAGUAUUCUUUGUUGGCAUGGCAUUGUGGGGCGCACACAGACUCCCUGCACUCAAAAACACACCAACGCUUGUUCUGCCAUCUUUCUACAAGGCCAUGUCAUGUGCCAAUGAGGUGGUGUCCUAUGAAAUCGUCCUCUCCAUUACCAGACUGAUCAAGAAGUACGGCAAAGAGCUGCAGGUGGUCACAUGGGACAUCCUUCUGGGCAUCAUAGAGCGACUGCUGCAGCAGAUCCAGACAAUAGGCAGUGCUGAGCUGAAAGCCAUCGUCUAUGAGCUGUUGACCACAGUGGAAGAGCUGUACGAGCAGAACGGUUACCACGGCUCCACAGAGAAGUUCUUUAGUCUGGUGGAGAAAUGUGCUGACAAGAGACCUGAUGCAUCAGUGCUGACCUUGAUCUCAUACAGGGCCCAGUCUAUCCAGCCAGCUAAAGACGGCUGGAUUCAGAGCCUGUACCGCCUCAUGGAGAAAUUCUUCAGGAAUGAGACUCGCAGUGUCAUAAGGAUCAAAGUACUUCAUAUCUUGUCCUUCGUUCUCAGUACGAACCGACAACUCUAUGAGGAUGAGUUGAUUGAAAUGGUGGUGAUCCCUCAGCUCAGUGGGAUCGCUGAAGACCGGGAUCUGGCUGUCAGGAAACAGGCUACGCAGCUACUGGUGGACCUUGCUGAGGGCUGCAAUACUCACCACUUCACCAGCCUGCUGGACAUCAUUGAACGGGUGGCCAGCCGCUCUCUGGUGUGUUCAGGGCCUCUGGAGAUUUCUGAGAGAGACCCAACAGCAGAGUCUCCGAUGGAGGAUGUCAGAACUGCUAUACUGGGUCUGCUGGAAAUCCUUCAGAGCAAACUCUACAGCCUGCCAGCCAGCCAUGCGAGCCGUGUUUAUGAGUUGCUUAUCAGCCACCUUCAGCUUCACUACAAAAACAAGAACUGUUUAGCUAUCGCUUCCACUAUCAGACUCCAGGUGUUUGACUUCUUCCUGAUGAUGCGUGCAGACUCCCUUCACCGCCUCGGGGUUCCCAACAAAGAUGGAGCCAUGAGAUUUAGCCCUUACUGCUACUGUGAUACAGGGGAGCCAGAGAAGCGUGUCAGUGAUAAGAAGCCAGCAGGUUCAACAUCUCCUCCUGCCGGAAGUCCUGCUCCCCCUGCUGCUCCUCCUGCUUCUGCAGCCUCGAUACGCUCGGCCUACCUUCCCUAUGCUCCUGCCUUUAGUGUCCUCCUGCAGUGCCUCAAGAUGGAGACGGAUUGGAAGGUGCUGAAGCUGGUUCUCGAAAAGCUGCCAUGGAUGCUGCAGUACAAAGUGCUGCUACUCACAUCACCUUGCAGCUUAGACCAGCUGUGCUCUACACUCUGCUGCAUGGUGACGGAUCGUCUGAUCUCAGAGCGCUUGAAAAAGACUCCUGAUGGGUUUUCCCGCACAGACGUUCAGCUGGCAGUGGUUCCUGUCCUUACGGCGAUCACCUCCUACCACAACUACUUGGAGCAGCCGAGACAGAGAGAGCUGGUUCAGUGCCUCGAGACUGGUCUCAUUUACCGCUGUGCCAAGCAGUGUGUGGUGGCCCUUACAAUGUGCACGGUGGAGAUGCCUGAUAUCAUGAUCAAGCUCCUCCCCGCUCUUAUUGUCAAGCUCACCCACAUCUCUGCUACUGUUGCCAUGGCAUCACCAAUGCUUGAGUUUCUCUCCACUCUGGUGCGCCUGCCCCAUCUCUAUGCCAACUUUGUAGCUGAGCAGUAUGUCAGUGUAUUUGCCAUCUCACUACCCUACACUAACCCUUCUAAGUUUAACCAGUACAUUGUGUCCCUGGCCCACCAUGUGAUCGCCAUGUGGUUCAUACGCUGCAGACUCCCCUUCCGCAAGGACUUUGUUCAGUACAUCACAAAGGGUUUGCGGUCCAAUGCCCUCCUGCCAUUCGAUGACAACCACGAGCAAAGUCCGUUUCGUGCCCGAAGCACCAGCCUCAAUGAAAGGCCCAAAAGUCUGCGGGCGGCAAAAGUGGCAAAGGCAGCAGCAGCGGUAGCCAAUAGCAGCAGCUCUCCAGUUAAAGAGCUGAGGGACCUUUCAGCCAUGGACGCUUUCCGCUCCCGCAGCAUCAGUGUCUCCGAACAUGCGGUCCGCAGGAUGCACACCUCGACCACCACCUGCAGUCUGGGCUCUGCCGAUGAAAAUGCGGUAACUCAGGCAGACGAGGGGCUGAAGACUGUCCACCUGGAGCUCACAGAGACGUGUCUGGACAUGAUGGCACGAUAUGUGUUUUCCAACUUCUCUGCACUUCCCAAAAGGUCUCCCAUCGCAGAAUUCCUGUUGGCAGGAGGUCGCAGUAUGACCUGGUUGGUGGGCAACAAGCUUGUUACCAUAACGACCAGCGGAGGGGUCAGAACACAAGCGCUGCUGGGUCUGGACAUGGCUGAACGUCUGGGAGGAGGAGGAGAAAUGACCAGGUCAGAUCCAUCACUACACACCCGCAUGACCAAAGAGGCUCCAGCCAAACUGGAGUCACAGUCAAACCAGCAGCAUAGCAGAGCCACGCGCAUACGGGUCCGCUCCAUAUCAGGUGGCCACGCUCUUCGUGCCGGUCCUGCUCAGAGCCUUAGUCCUCUGGUGUCCCCCUCUGAGGGUGAGUUAGCUGCUCCACUCUCUCCCUCCUCCGGUCCAACGCUGGACAGUCUGGGUCCUCCCUCCUCCACCUCUGCCAACCCGUCUGCUCCACCUCCUCUGAAAGACAACCCCAGCCUGGCUGAGUUUGUCCCGAUGCUCACCCAAGGCUGGGCAGAGAUCUUCAUACGGAGACCAUCAGGUAACACUAGCUGGCUGAUGUGUUUGGAGAACCCACCCAGCCCCUUCUCCUCUGAGCUUGGCAACAUGCCGCUGCAGGAGCUUUCUACUGUCCUGAUGGCGAUGGAGGGAGUGAAGGAGCCUCCAACUCAGACGGCGAGCGCUCCCGCCAGCACAACUGCACCUGCACCGGCGCCUGUUUCUGAGCCCCUAACCCAAACACACAGCAACAUCGGAGGGAAGACACACCUGAUGCAGCGCUCCAACACUGACUCUGUGGUGGUGCUGGAGGAGGGGUCAGGGGUCACCACAGCACACACCCCUCCUGACUGGCUGGGGAGUGAAGAGUUUGAGCCAAUGCCUUCUGAUCCAAUCUUUAUGUCUGCUGACAAGUUCACGAAGACUCCCCCACCUGGAACACUCAGCAGGUCCUCCUCUACCUCCAGUCAAGACGAUGAAAAGUCGACUCUGGAAGAAGUGAGUGAAGGAGCGAUUCCUAUCGAUCAGCCCACUCUGGGACCCUCCACCCCAGGCAGUCAAGGUCCCGAACUUCCCUUCCAGACCCACACUCAGUCCCAGGGUCAUGGACUCAACAAGUCCAGCUCCUCGCCGGAGCUCCAAACGUUACCUGAAGCCUUCACCAAGUUAGCCAUUGAGUCCGAGACUGCGUUGGGAGACACAGCGCGGCCCAGAGCACCCUCAGAUGGCAAGCCUCAGCUCCAGCAGCCUCAUUUCGAGAAGGAAAAGGUGGAUGGAAGCACAGGAGGGGAUGUUAAUGGACUGGGAGGGCAGAGCCAAGCAGGUGAUGGUCCAGGUGCUGUGCCUUCUCAGGGUGGAGCAGGAGUGAUGAGGUUGUCUUUUCCUGCAACACCAGCGCAACCUGGACCCAUUUCCCCCAGUGGAGGCCACCGACCCCGGGGUCACACCAUCUCAGUAUCGGCCCCCUCCUCCAGGAGGGAGAGAAGAACGGAGAGGGACUCUUACCACAGUCGACCGGGACCCAGCAACGCAGAGAAAAUCUCUGGACUCAGUCCCAGCUUCGUCUUUCUCCAGCUCUACCACUCUCCUUUCUUUGGAAAUGAAGCCAACAAGCCACUGCUGCUGCCCAAAACUCAGGUGAUAGAUCGUGCUGUGAAGGUUCUGGACCAGAUGCCUCCUUACGACACCCAUAAGAUAGGGGUAGUGUUUGUCGGAGCUGGUCAGGUUAACAAUGAAGUUGCCAUCCUGUCGAAUGAAUACGGCUCCAACCGCUACGCCGCCUUCCUCACAGGCCUCGGCAAAUUAAUCCACCUGAAAGACUGUGACCCCGACCAGAUCUUCCUCGGAGGGCUCGACCAGUACGGAGACGACGGAGAGUUCACCUACUGCUGGCAUGAUGACAUCAUGCAAGCCAUCUUCCACAUCGCCACACUAAUGCCAAACAGGGAGAGCGACAAGGGCUGCUGCAACAAAAAGCGACACAUCGGUAACGAUUUUGUUAUGGUGGUGUACAAUGACUCCGGAGAGGACUACAAACUAGGCACUAUCAAGGGUCAGUUUAACUUUGUAGAAGUCAUUAUAAAACCGCUGGAUUAUGAAUGUAACCUCGUCACCCUUCAGUGCCGCAAAGACCUUGAGGGGUUAGUAGACACAGCGGUGGCGAAAAUAGUUUCAGACCGCAACCUUCCGCUCUUAGUCAGGCAGAUGGCUUUGCAUGCAAAUAUGGCCUCUUUGGUGCAUCAGUACAGAGCUAACCCCUCUGAUGCGUACGCCUCAAAGUGGCUGGCAAGAUUACGGCACAUUAAGAGGAUCAGGACCAGAGCUCAAGAAGAUAUUCAGUCUCGAUCAACUCCCGGCAUCUCGCUGACCCAAGGACACACUCAGCAGAACAAGUCGUUCCAGCAGAGCACUCCAGCGCCAAACCCAGAAGCCUCGGGGCAAAGGAAAAGACUCGUAUCAACAGUCGAUGAUUUCACAGAUUUUGUUUGAUUUUUAUUUCUUGUCCUGGCAGACACACUUGCAUACACACACACGCACGCACGCACACACACACACACACACACACAAACACUGACAGGGUGUGUUUGUGUGUAAAUAUGUGAAUGGAAUAAAAAGUGACCAUGAAAAAGGC